AUGUCGACCACAAAUACAACAGUGCAAAACCAAGCCAAAACCAGCACGACAACACCUGCAAAACCUCAAAAAACUUAUGGAAAGAUUGUUCUUACGUUGUACAACUGCCUUUUACCGGAGAAUGUAUUCAAAGAAACGCCCUCACAGGCUGACGGCCUUGAUGUCGAAACUGAGACAGACCUCCGUAUUCUCGGAUGUGAGAUGAUACAAACCGCCGGGAUCCUGCUGAAACUGCCACAAGUUGCCAUGGCAACCGGACAAAUCUACCUCCAACGGUUCUAUUACUCUAAAUCCUUUGUAAGAUAUCCCAUGGAAACUAUGGCUAUGGGAAGCAUUUAUUUAGCUUCAAAAGUUGAAGAAAAACCGUGUAGAAUACGUGACGUACUUAACGUUUUCCAUCACAUCAAGCAAGUGAGAGCCCAAAAAAAUAUAUCUCCUCUAAUCGUUGAUCAAAACUAUAUUGAAUUGAAGAAUCAAGUCAUCAAGGCUGAAAGGAGAAUUCUCAAGGAACUUGGCUUCUGUGUACAUGUGAAACAUCCACACAAGCUUAUUGUAGUAUAUCUUCAACUUCUGCAGUAUGAGAAGAACCGCCAACUGAUGCAGAUGGCAUGGAACUACAUGAAUGAUGCACUCCGCACUGAUGUCUUCAUGAGGUUCCCACCAGAGACUAUUGCGUGUGCCUGCAUAUAUCUAACUGCUCGCAAGAUUAGCCUCCCUCUUCCAAACAACCCUCAUUGGUUCCUUUUAUUCAAAGUCACUGAGGAAGAUAUUAGAGAAGUCUCGAUUCGCAUCCUACAACUAUACAAGAGGCCUAAAGUGAAUCCAGAAGAAUUGGAAAGUAAAGUAGACUUGUUACGAAAAGUAUACCAAGCAAACAAGCAUAUUCAAGCUCAAAAGGACCGGGAGAGCAAAGCUGAAGAGAAGAAGGUUGAAUCUCCUACAGCAUCAACAUCUAAGGAGACAAAUAGAAGAGAUUCUAAAAAGGAGAAGUCACCGAAAACACCACCUUUGUCCUCAAAAUACCACAGUAGCCAUAAAUCAAAGAAAGAGCACAGAUCCCGUUCCCCAUAUGAACGUAAACGGGAAUAUUCUUCGAGUAGUAGUAAGAGGCACAAGUCUCGUUCCAGGGAUAGGGAGUUGGAUCGUUCUCGUGAGCGUAGUAGAAUGGAAGACAAGCGUGGUAGGGGAAUGUCACGGAAAUAUGACGACUAUGAUAGAUCUAAAUCUAGCAGGGAUGGUAGGGACGACAAGAGGAAGCAUUAG